UCCCUUCUCUCUCUCUGCCCCCCUUUCCUGUCUAUCUUCGGCUCUAUCAAUUAAAAAGCCCCCCCAAAAAAACUAGCCAGAUUCAAGAUUCAAUUUAUUGUCCACCAAGGGGGAAAUUCAUCUCCACAUCACUGCACCUGCAGUCACCACCGUAGGGGUGGGCGAUAUGGGCAAAAAAUAAUAUCUCAAUAUUUUUUGGGAUUUUGGCGAUAACGAUAAUCAGUCGAUAUCCUUUAAAAUGUGAUUAGAAUUGUCUGAGCUGGACUUGUGUCCACCAAACGCGUUUACAGCGCUGAGAGAGCUCAAAAACUCAUUUUCCGAGCGCCCAGCGGUGUUAAAAGUUGAACAGAUUUCAACUUGAAGCGCUCUGAGCGCUGCGCUAAAAAAAAAACGUCUCCGCUGACAUCUUUUUACCGCUGAAGGCGCUUAGCGCUCUGAACGCUGAAGCCCAUAGGACCCACGUCUCGGCACUAAAUCAUCUGAAGUACCGGUAGCUUCAGGGACUGGAGGUGUUUGCAUUUUCUCUCUAUCAUCACAACGCGCUGCUAAACUGUUGCAAGGAGGAUGCUAGCGAGAGGUCACGUGAUCACGUCAUGUGAUCACGGAGGCCCACUAGUCGUGUGACUGAAUCCUGCCAUGCUGUAGAGAGCGCUGCUGCGCCGUGUAUUAAUGGAUGUGAGGAGUUUCCGCGGGCGUUUCAUUGUUUUUGUCGAAGUAAUUUAAAUACUCGAUAAUGGAAAUUUGCACAUCGUCAAAACAACAAUGACGAUAUUAUCGCAAACGAUAUAUAUCGCCCACCUCUACACCACCGUACAGUCAACACAGCACAGUCAAUGUCGUUCAGACAACGCAGUACAGUCAGCACCGUACAGACAACACUGCACAGUCAACACCGUACAGAGAACACCGUACAGACAACACCUUACAGUCAACACAGUACAGUCAACGCCGUUCAGACAACGCCGUACAGAGAACACCGUACAGACAACACCUUACAGUCAACACAGUACAGUCAACGCCGUUCAGACAAUGCCGUACAGAGAACACCGUACAGUCAACACCAUACAGUCAACACAGUACAGUCAACGCCGUUCAGACAACGCCGUACAGUCAACGCCGUACAGUCAAUGCCGUUCAGACAACGCCGUACAGACAACGCCGUACAGACAACACCGUACAGACAACACCGUACAGAGAACACCGUACAGACAACACCGUACAGUCAACACCGUACAGAGAAUACCGUACAGACAAUAAAGAAACACGCCAUCCACAAUAAACAAACAAUCAAAUAAAUAAUAAAUGACAGGUGGACCUCACACUCACCACUUUGUUUAGAGCAACAAUAGCUGUAGGGAACAGGCUUUUUCCGUAGCGAACUCUUUUGCACCUCAGUGUUCGGCAUGUUGUAGAAACAGGAGGAGCACAUUGUAGAAACAGGAGGAGCAUGUUGUAGAAACUAACCCUAACCCUAUAUGAGGAUGGGCUGGAUGAUGCUUUGAUACAGUAGUAGGACAAGAUGGGUGGAAACAUGAAGUCCUUUGGGUUUGCUGGCUCCUUUUGAAGAUGUCAGUGGUGUGUUGGUUGAAACUAAGUUUAUUGUCCAGUGUUACUCAAAGGUAUUUAAAACUGUCAACCAUUCAACUGUUUGGUUAUUGAUAGUAAUGGGGUGCUGUGGUUUCGGGGAAGCAAUGAUGAUUUUGUGGUCGUACUGACAUUGAGGUGGAGAUGGUUGUCCUCACACCAUUUGCUGCAGUGUGUGAUGGUGCUGUGGUAGUCGAGGACGGAGUGUUUGUCUGUGAACAGGGCAAUAAUGGCUGUGUCGUCUGAAUACUUGAGGUAGGUGGUGAUGGCUGAUGGACUGGUGCAGUCGUUGGUGUAGAGUGUGUACAAGAAUGGGCUCAGCACACAGCCCUGCGAUGCCCCGGUGUUGAUGGUGUGUGCAGGUGAUGUGGUAUUGCCCACCUGCACCGCUUGCCGUCUGUUGAUGAGGAAGUUGUGCAGGAGAUGGAUCAGGCGGAUGGAGAUGUUGAAAUAGUGAAGCUUCUGGAUCAACAGAUGCUUUUGGAUGAUGUUAAAAAGCAGAGCUGAAGUCCACAAAAAGGAUCCUGGUGAAGGUGCCUGGGGAGUCCAGGCUCUGGAGGAGUAUUAUUUAUAUACAGUCAAGCCCGAAAUUAUUCAUACCCCUGGCAAAUUUUGACUUAAAGUUACUUUUAUUCAACCAGCAAGUUUUUUGUUUUUGACUGGAAAUGACACAGGCGCCUCCCAGAAGAUAUUAAGACGAUGUACAAGAGGCAUCAUUGUGGAAAAAAAUAUUUCUCAGCUUUUAUUUACAUUUGAACAAAAAGUGUCAUGUCCAAAAUUAUUCAUACCCUUUGCAAACUGUCACAGUGGGAAAAUGGUGAAUCUGGGCUCUGUUGGUGGCAACGUCUCAAGGCAGACAGUCUAACGGACACUGUAAACGGCUGGGUUCCACGGACACAGACCAAAGAGGACGUCACUUCUCCAGAUAAGGCACACAAAAGCCUGCUUGGCCUUGGCAAAUGUUCAUCUGGACAAAGAAGAAGACUUUUGGUCUUCUGUUUUAUGCCAAUGGACCAGGGAACCUAAUCACAGUAAACGGCACCAUGAAAAAAGAGCAAUACAUCAAGAUUCUCAACAACAACAUCAUCAUGCAGUCUGCAGAGAAACUUGGCCUUGGGCACAAGUGGACAUUUCAGCACGACAACGACCCAAAACACACAGCAACAGUGAGCUCUGAGGGUCCCAGCGUCCUGCUGGUGGAGGCGUUUUAUGGCGGCUCGCACAAACAGCUGAUCGACCUGCUGACCCAAAACAUCUCCGGCUGCUCCGUCGUCACACUGCCCGCCAAGAAAUGGCACUGGAGGGCGAGAACAGCGGCGCUCACCUUCAGCCAGACCAUCCCCACCUGUCCCUCACACAGAGUCCUGUUCAGCAGCUCGGUCCUGAACCUGUGUGAGCUGGUGGCUCUCAGACCAGAUCUGGCCCGCCUGAAGAAGGUCCUUUAUUUCCACGAGAACCAGCUGGUUUAUCCAGUCCGCAAAGAGCAGGAGAGAGACUUCCAGUACGGAUACAACCAGGUCCUCUCAUGCCUGGUGGCAGACGUGGUUGUGUUUAACUCCUCCUUCAACAUGGAGUCCUUCCUGUCCUCCAUCUCCUCCUUCAUGAACAAGAUCCCAGACCACAGACCCAGAGACCUGGACCUGUUGAUCCGGCCUAAGUGUGAGGUCCUGUACUACCCGAUCCAGUUCCCUGAUGUCCGUAGGCUGCUACCCAAACACAAACUCCUCCGCAGGCCUGCAGAGGCGUCUCACGUUGAUGACAUCAUCACACCACAGGACAAGCAGCAGUCUCCAUGGUCCGAGCAGCAGGAUCCACAUCAGUCCACUUCUGAACCCAGAACAGACCACAGACCAGUUAGUAAGGAGGACCAGGUGAAACCUCUACACAUCGUCUGGCCUCACAGGUGGGAACAUGAUAAAAACCCGGAGUUGUUCUUCUCCACUCUGAUCAAACUGAAGGAGAGACAACUGCAGUUUGAGCUGUCGGUGCUCGGAGAGACAUUCACUGACCCACCAGAGAUCUUCUCGGAGGCCAGGCUUCAGCUGGACGCUCACAUCCUGAACUGGGGCUUCCUGUCCAGUAAGGAGGACUACCUGAGGGUGCUGAGUCAGGCCGACGUGGUUGUCUCCACCGCCAAACACGAGUUCUUCGGAGUCGCCAUGUUAGAAGCUGUCCACUGCGGCUGUUAUCCUCUGUGUCCGAAGGCUUUAGUGUAUCCUGAACUAUUCCCAGCAGAGUACCUGUACUCCACACCUGAGCAGCUCUGUAAGCGGCUGCAGGCGCUCUGCAGGAGGCCCGACAUCGCUCGCAGACACGUCGUCAAGGUCGACACCUCCUCUUUCUCCUGGAUGUCUCUUAAGGAGCGUUUCGAGACUCUGCUGGCAGCCCAGCAUUCCUGAACGCACCACGGAGCACCAGUCCAUUAGCGUCGCCGUCGUUGCGUCUGCCAGGCCAGCGUCACGCCCGACUCGACGCCACGUCCCGCAGAAAGCAGCAGUGACUUCCAGCCUUUCUCAGGCACCUCUAAGCCCGAAUCAAAGGCGGGAUGGAGACGCCGAGUCUGGACCCGUAAACGUCCCCGUCCUCCCGGCUGGAAGAGAACUUUCUUUUAUGUGUGUGGUUUUGGGCGGAGGGGGGGUUAACGUGUAAAAGCUUUCAUGUUUCCACAGGCGGUGCCACCUCCAGGAUCCGCCGGGAUCCGUUUUUAUCCUUUGUGCCGCCGAGUUCUGUUGUUCAACCACAGAGACUGAGAGGCAGCCAGCCCGCGGUCUGUAUGCAGCCCCACCUGAGCUGCCAGGACCAGGACUAAAGUGGAUCUGCAGACGCUGCGUACCCACUGAGACCACAUCACUGUAAAAAACCUGAGGCCACAUCAACACUGUAAAAAACCUGAAUGGAUGCAGCAGUUUAUUAAAAAUAAGUGUUUAUGAGACGACCUGAAACAUUGUGAUUUAAUCUGAUCAAUUAACAUUUGUCUAUUAAUCAAAUAAAUUAAUCAAUUAAAUAAAA